CUGUUUCAUAUGCUGCCAGACAACUGGCAUUUACUGCUCCCCCCAAACUCCUUCAUUCCCCAAAAGCCAAGUUACCAGCACUUCCCACUGCCAUCCCUCACAAAUACUUAGACAUUUCCUGAUCUAUAACCUCAUCCUUAGGGCUUGAGCAUUACACCCCUCUUAGAAUUGUUUCUAAGCCCAGUAACCAAAUUAUAAGUCAAAGAUGAUUAAGAGAGAGGCCAAAGGGAAUGUUUGAGCACCUACCCUGUCUCGUAUUGUGCAGUACACUUGUUUUAUAUACAUAAGAGAUAAGUACAUGGUUCAACCUUUUUAUAGUCAUAUGGCUUGUACAGUUUAACCUUUAACGACACUCUGGGAAUGGACAUACUUGUACAACUUCCCCAGUGAAGGGGCAGAACCCAGGAUUCCUUACUCAAUAAGCCCCAGAUGCUCUCCAUUAUGUACACUGCCUUUGGCUAGUUUCUGUUUAGGGGACCUGGUCCUUUCUUUACAAAGGCUUGAUUCUGUGAGAGUGAUUUAUUGGCUGUCCCAGGACACACAUCCGUCCUGCUUCCCCCACCCCGACUGUCCUUUUCCCACUCUCAACAAGGGAGGCAGUUUCUUCAGUCUUCACAGACGGGAGACCCGUAUUUGGCAGGCGGAAGUGGGCGGCACGUGGGUGGGUGCUAAUCCCAAAUUCAUCGCCCAAAAGCCAGGCAUCCAGGGAGGCUGCUUUGGCUCUGCCCCGGUCAAGUGGGGGCAGCGCCCCCUGAUCAGGCACCCGGACCUUUAAAAAGAUCGAGCUGAGGCAUCACAUCAGGAAAGCCUUUUUUCCUCUUUUCAACUCUAGGGUGCAGCCGUAGUUCCAAACGGAAAACAACUCCAGGGCAACCAGCACAGUCCACGUCAGUCUGGCCCAGCGCCGCGGAGACCGUCGCACGAGCCAAUGAGCUCCUGCCACGUCACAGACCCCUCCCCCCUCCAGCCGGCCGCGGCCUCCGCCACGAGUCGCUGACCCGGAGCUAAAGGCCCUGCGCGGCGCUGUAUUCUGGCGUCACUUCCACUACAGCGAUGGCGACGCAGGGAGCAGCUGCGGCGAUUGCGGCGGCGACUUCAGGGGUCGCGGGGGAGGGCGAGCCCGGGCCCGGCGAGAAUGUGGCGGUCGAGGGGACCUCCCCGUCCCCGGGCCGCGUCUCUCCGCCGACCCCGGCGCGUGGCGAGCCAGAAGUCACCGUGGAGAUCGGAGAAACGUACCUAUGCCGGCGGCCGGAUAGCACCUGGCAUUCUGCUGAAGUGAUCCAGUCUCGAGUGAACGAUCAGGAGGGCCGAGAGGAAUUCUAUGUACACUAUGUGGGCUUUAACCGGCGACUGGAUGAAUGGGUAGACAAGAACCGGCUGGCGUUGACCAAGACGGUGAAGGAUGCCGUGCAGAAGAACUCAGAGAAGUACCUCAGCGAGCUGGCCGAGCAGCCUGAGCGAAAGAUCACUCGCAACCAAAAGCGCAAGCAUGACGAGAUCAACCACGUGCAGAAGACCUAUGCAGAGAUGGACCCCACAACAGCAGCCUUGGAGAAGGAACAUGAGGCGAUCACCAAGGUGAAGUACGUGGACAAGAUCCACAUCGGGAACUACGAAAUCGACGCCUGGUACUUCUCCCCGUUCCCUGAAGACUACGGGAAACAGCCCAAGCUCUGGCUCUGCGAGUACUGCCUCAAGUACAUGAAAUACGAAAAGAGCUACCGCUUCCACUUGGGCCAGUGCCAGUGGCGGCAGCCCCCGGGGAAGGAGAUCUACCGCAAGAGCAACAUCUCUGUGUACGAGGUGGACGGCAAAGACCACAAGAUUUACUGUCAGAACCUGUGUCUGCUGGCCAAGCUUUUCCUGGACCACAAGACAUUGUACUUCGACGUGGAGCCAUUCGUCUUUUACAUUUUGACCGAGGUGGACAGGCAGGGAGCCCACAUCGUCGGCUAUUUCUCGAAGGAAAAGGAGUCACCAGAUGGGAACAACGUGGCCUGCAUCCUGACCCUGCCCCCCUACCAGCGCCGUGGCUAUGGAAAGUUCCUCAUUGCUUUCAGUUAUGAGCUGUCCAAGCUGGAGAGCACAGUAGGCUCCCCUGAGAAGCCACUGUCUGACCUGGGCAAGCUCAGCUACCGCAGCUACUGGUCCUGGGUCCUUCUGGAGAUCCUGCGAGACUUCCGGGGCACACUGUCCAUCAAGGACCUUAGCCAGAUGACGAGCAUCACCCAGAAUGACAUCAUCAGCACCCUGCAGUCCCUCAACAUGGUCAAGUACUGGAAGGGCCAGCAUGUGAUCUGUGUCACGCCCAAGCUGGUGGAGGAACACCUCAAAAGUGCCCAGUAUAAGAAGCCACCCAUAACAGUGGACUCUGUCUGCCUCAAGUGGGCACCCCCCAAGCACAAGCAAGUCAAACUCUCCAAGAAGUGAGUGUCCUGUGCCUGUGCCCCUGCUGCUGGACCCGUGCCUCCUUGCACCCCAGCCUGUAAAUAUGUACAGACCUGUUUCGUCAUUUUUUUAAUAAAGUAAGUUCUGCGAGUG